AUGUAUGACCCACUCGGAUUAAUCGCCCCGAUUAUCAUCCGCGCAAAGAUGCUGAUGCAAGAGCUAUGGCUACUGAGAUCCGGCUGGGAAGAUCCCGUCCCCGAUGUCAUCUGCAAUAAGUGGAAGGCGAUUCAGUCCGAUUGGAACUCUCUUCGAGAAUGUAAAAUUAAUCGUUAUGUUCUCUUACCCCAUUCUAAAGUAGAGCUCCACAGCUUCACCGAUGCCUCCGAGACAGCCUAUGGCGCGUGCGUUUAUGCGCGCUGUGAGAACGCGUCAGGAGAGGUGCACGUCAGGCUCCUAGCAUCUAAGUCCCGGGUAGCACCUCUUAAACGCAUCACGCUACCGAGGUUGGAGCUCAGCGCUGCUGUUUUGGGAGCUCAUCUACACCACCGCGUCAGGAAAGCGAUGCAGCUCAAAGCAUCCGACUCCGUCUUCUGGUCCGACUCUACCGUCAUACUGAACUGGAUUGCGUAUCUCCCAAACACUUGGAAGACCUUUGUGGCCAAUAGCGUCGCCGAAGUGCAGCACCAUUCUCAUCCCCGGCAAUGGAGACACGUUCCCGGUUCAUCCAACCUAGCGGAUUUAGUCUCCCGUGGCAUGUCCGCAGCAAGCAUCACGCUAAGCACGCUGUGGAAUUCCGACCCGGACUGGCUUGUGCUUCCGUCAUCCCACUGGCCACACUCGAAUCCUGAAUCGAUCGACGGAGUUGAUCUCGAAAUCCGUCAGGUGAGUGCGAAUAUCGUUAGUACACCAACUCAUCCGUGGUUCGAUAUCGACUCAUCUUACACCAGACUGCUGCGCAUCAUUGCGCAUUGCAUACGUUUUGCACGCAACGCAAAACAGAAGGCGCGCACCCAGCAGCUGUCGCCGUCUUCAUCAUCACUGAUGAUACCGCCACCAUACAUCGCCGCUGCCAAAACUGCUCUCUGUAGAUUGGCACAACAAGACGCCUUCUCCCUCGAAGUCCGACAUCUGAAAAGAGGAGAAGCUUUAGCCAAGCAGUCAUCAUUACGCAAAUUAAGCCCAUUCAUUGACGAGGAGGGUUUAAUUCGGGUUGGAGGUCGAUUGAAGCUGUCGCAACUACCUUACCAAUCGAAGCAUCCCGUGGUACUUCCCAAGCAUCACAAGCUCGCUCGCCUCAUCGCAGAACACCAUCACGAGGAGCUAAUGCAUGCCGGCGGAAGACUCCUUCUGUCCCAGAUAAGGGAAAGCUACUGGCCCCUAGACGGACGUCGGCUGGUGAAAAGCAACGUGAGGAACUGUUUCCGAUGCAUUCGUCAGGAUCCUGCACUCGCCCAGCAACCCAUUGGCCAGCUUCCCCCAUCGCGCGUCACACCUGGUCGUCCUUUCGCGGUUACUGGAGUGGACUACGGUGGACCGCUCUAA